GGCCGGUUAUUUGCUCGAAUGGGGAUAAAAUGAAAGCCUUUGUUCUUCACUUUAAAUCUCAUAUUCAUAUACCCAACACAACACCCUCACUUCCAAACUAUCUUCUUCUCUUCUAACCUUUACCAAUUCCCAUUUUCUUGGACUGUUUCACUUUUUGUCCUAAGUCUUUCUUACCAAACAACUAUCAACCCUAGCUGUAACUGAUCUGUUUAGAGCUGAAUCUUUCUUCAAAGUAGCUGUGAGGAGUUGCAGAUCUGUGGUGUGGCUUUGGAUUCUAAGUUGUACUGCAAAGAUCUAUUUUCACUUCAAUCAGUGAGGGGAAACAAAAAAGAGAGAGAAAGAAGGGAAUUACAAAAAUCAAGAUACAGUUUUUAUUUGUUAUAUUUUCUGUCCGAGAAUUCGACACCUGUAACAACAACCAACAGUGUUCAAAGUGAGGCAAAUUUUUUAAGAAUAGAGUUGUUAUUCUUUGUUGGUAAUUUCAGAAACAGCUUAUUUAUUAGUGGGGGGUUUGUCAUUUACUAGUCCUUUUAUUAAGUUAAACAGUGGUGGUGGUGGUGUCUGCUAUUGUUAGGGUCAGCUGCAAAAAAGCCUUAAAUAUAAAAAGGAAGAGUAAAAGAGAGAAGAAAGAAAGAAGGAAUAAGGGAUGGCUCCAGAUCGGCACCAAUCGUACCACAAUUAUUGCUUUUCUUUUGCUUAAUUGUGAAGCAGCAAAGAGGGUCUCUCACAUUCAAGGUAUAUAGCAGCUAUAUACAUUGCAAGGAGCUUUCUAUUUCAACUUUUGUUAAAGGUUGAUCGUCUUUAAAAGACUUUACUCCAUGAUUACAAUAGAACAACAAAGUAGCAGAAGUCAGAUCUCUCUCAGCUCAAGGUCUCAGAGCUUCAGGUUUUGUGCAGCAAUGGCCAAUAAGCUGUGGCUGCCAUUUUUCAGGCUUUGCUUUUGAAAGCACUACAGCUGCAAAAAGCUUAAACGAGAGAGAGAGAGAGAGAGGCAGGGUAGUCUCCUGACUUGGACGUGAUAUAUCAAAGCGUAAAAAAAGGCCUUUUAUCACUGCGUAACCAAAGUACUCUCUGUAUAAUCGUUAUCAAUGCAUAGGACAUCUCAACCCCACCUUCACUUCUUCCCUCAUACCACCACCAUCACCAUCACCAUCACCAUCGUCUCCUUCUCUUACUCUUUCUAAUAUUACUCCAAAACUCAAGAUUUUCUCUCUUUUUCUUUCCAAGUAAAAUAAACAACCAAAUAAAAAGAAGAAAAGGUAAGGGGGGUUAUUGUUUGGGAGUGGAGGUUUUGAGUUCUUGGUUUGUGAGAAAGGAAUGAAAGUGGUAUGGAGGUGGAUGAGACUCAGACACAAGCCUGUAAGUUCUCAAGAGUUGGUAAUGGAGGAAAUGACUCAAGCAAGAUAGAUCAGAAAGGUAGUGACAGCUACCCUAAUGAUGAAGAAGAUGGAGAGCUCAACAAAAGGGCUGGUGCAAAUGGUGGAGGAGGAGGGGGGAUCGGUGCUGUUGGAGCCCACUCUGCUGGUACUAAUCGGCUUCGAGGUUGGCACCAUUCUUCGAGAAUUAUUAGGGUUUCUCGAGCCUCCGGUGGCAAAGAUCGGCACAGCAAGGUUUGGACUUCAAAAGGGUUAAGAGACAGGAGGGUAAGGUUAUCUGUUACAACAGCUAUACAAUUUUAUGAUCUGCAAGAUCGGUUGGGCUAUGAUCAGCCUAGUAAAGCUGUAGAGUGGUUAAUUAAAGCAGCUGCUGAUGCAAUUGCGGAGCUUCCUUCACUUAACAGUCCAUUUCCUGAUACACCAAAGCAAUUGAGUGACGAGAAAAGAGCAAGUGAGGGGACUGAACAAGGGCUUGACUCAGCAGAAGUGGGGUUAGAUGGUGAUCCAAGCAAUUAUCAACAAAACCAAAGUCAACACCUUUCUUUGUCCAAAUCAGCUUGCAGCAGCACGUCUGACACUAGCAAGAACUCGGGUUUAUCCCUUUCGAGGUCUGAGAUCCGUGUGAACCGUGUAAAGGCCCGGGAACGAGCAAGGGAAAGAGCAGCAAAAGAAAAGGAGAAGGAGCAAGAGUCUGGCACUGCACACCAUCAAAAUAUGAACCGCAUUUCUCAAAACUCCUCUUUUACUGAGUUACUUACCGGUGGUAUUGGCAGUGUUAGCAACGAUAAUACUAGUCCUACAGCUUCAGCUCAUCAAAACUCCAAUGGGGAUCAUGAUUUUUUCCAUAAGGCUAAUACUGCUAGGCAGUGGCCUGUGACUCAGAUGGAUUACUUUACCAUGGGGCUCCUUGGACCUCCUCCUUCUUCAAGGAGUAUUCAUUCUUCAGGAUUUCCAGGACAAAUCCAACUAGGAAACUCUUUGCCGCAAACAAUAUCAAUAACACCAUUCAAUGUUUCAGGUGAAAAUCAUCAGGAAUUGCAGCAUUUUUCGUUUGUUCCAACUCCUGACCAUCUGAUCCCGGUGGCAACAACACAACCGGGGCCUGGGAGUGACUACAACCUUAACUUCACAAUCUCUUCCGGCCUAGCUGGUUUCAAUCGGGGGACCCUUCAGUCCAAUUCUCCGUCUUUUUUGCCUCAUCACCUCCAGAGGUUUUCUUCUAUAGACGGAUCAUCACCCUUCUACAUUGGUACACCACCAGUGGAAAAUCAUCACCACCAUCAGUUCCCAGCUGGAUUAGAUGGCCGCUUGCAGCUCUGCUAUGGGGAUGGAAGCAGGAGCUCAGACCAGAAAGGAAAAGGAAAGAACUAAUCAGUUUCCUGCAAACAUUUACUCUUGGCCGCAUCUUUUCUCUGGAAAUUAAGCAGAAGAUUGAGGAAACUGCAGUGCCAAGCAGUGAGUGAAUGCAUUUCUUCCCCUGCACUUUGUGAUACCUUUAUUAUUUUGCUCCUGAAAAUUGUUAGUAUUUCUGGUUUAUCCUUUUCAAGUGUUUCCGCUGGCAUCGACGAAUUGGGAUAUCAUUUAUCUAUGCGUGCAAAAAGCAUUGUGUGUUUCCAACAAGAAUAACAAAAACAAUUCGAUUGAAGUUUUUAUUAUUAUUUUUUUUCCAUAUCUUACAUUUAUUCUGAAAAUUGUCUAUAUAUUUACUGUCAAUUUGUUGAGAAAUGUGGCCUUGUCCAUGAGUCUGCGUUAUAAAGCCGCAAGCCCUCCUUUCUCGCUCAUUUAAAACAUCGAACCUCAUUUUCUUGUGGCAGCUCCCAUGUGCA